UGGGUCCACAUAGAACUGGCCCACGAUCUGGGCCCGUCCUUCACCCUUUUGAGAACCAGAGACAGUGCCACCUCACCUACAACAAAGGAGGCGCUCAGCAGCAUAUCCAAAUCCCCCUGACGUCCAAUGCCCCACUGGAACAUGUCAGCUCCUGUGGGGAAUCUUCCUGGUGGCCCGCUGGAGGAGGGGCUGGGCUGACGACUUGCAGACCCCGUGGGACACAAGGGUGCUGAGAAUUAACCUGCCAGCCUGCUGAGUGUGAAACAAUACACUGUUGUGGAUUCAAUUUGCAUUUCCUGAUUGUUAAUAUAGGGUCUGUUAAGUCCUGCGAAAUAAAAGAUUAAUCCAGUCCAGUGGACCCUGUGGCUCCUCACCUCUGAGCGAGUCAGGACCGAAGACCCAGCCAGCCUCACGCAAUGUAUCGCAGGGCGGCAACCGGAGACCAGUUCUCCGCAUUCAAAUUUACCUGCUCUGCCACAACGGACCGAUGAGAAGGCUCCAGAGACUGAUUCAGGGCAGGGUCCUGUUCCUGACCGUCUGUGCAGCUGGCAUUGGUGGGACUUUUCAAUUUGGCUACAACCUCUCCAUCAUCAACGCCCCGACCUUGCACAUUCAGGAAUUCACCAAUGAGACGUGGUGGGCACGUACUGGCUGGCCACUGCCUGACCACCUGGUUCUGCUCGUGUGGUCCCUUAUCGUGUCUCUGUACCCCCUGGGGGGCCUCUUUGGAGCGCUGCUCGCAGGGCCCUUUGCCAUCAAGCUGGGAAGGAAGAAGUCCCUCCUGGUGAACAACAUCUUUGUGGUGGCCGCAGCAAUCCUGUUUGGCUUCAGCCGCAGAGCAGGCUCCUUCGAGAUGAUCGUGCUGGGACGGCUGCUCGUGGGCGUCAGCGCGGGUGUCAGCAUGAACAUCCAGCCCAUGUACCUGGGGGAGAGCGCACCCAAGGAGCUCCGAGGGGCUGUGGCCAUGACCUCAGCCAUCUUCACCGCCCUGGGGAUUGUGAUGGGUCAGGUGGUCGGACUCAGGGAGCUCCUGGGUGGCCCACAGGCCUGGCCUCUGCUGCUGGCCAGCUGCCUGGUGCCUGGGGUACUCCAGCUCGCUUCCCUGCCCCUGCUCCCUGAGAGCCCACGCUACCUCCUCAUUGACCGUGGAGAUAGUGCGACCUGCCUGGCAGCCCUGCAGCGGCUGCGGGGCACCACAGAGGUGAUGGUGGAACUAGCCGAGCUGGAGGAGGAGCGCGCCGCCUGCCAGGACGGGCGCGCGCGGCGCCCGUGGGAGCUGUUCCAGGAUGGCGCCCUGCGGAGGCAGGUGAUUAGCCUCGUGGUGCUGAGCAGUGCCAUGGAGCUGUGCGGGAAUGACGCGAUAUACGCCUACGCCUCCUCCGUGUUCCGGGAGGCAGGAGUUCCCCAGGAGAAGGUCCAGUACGCCAUCGUCGGGACUGGGUGCUGUGAGCUGCUCACAGCAUUCGUCAGUUGUAUGGUCAUUGAGAGAGUGGGUCGGCGGGUGCUGCUCGUGGGGGGAUAUUGCCUGAUGACCUGCUGGGGGAGUGUCUUCACAGUGGCCCUGUGCCUGCAGAGCUCCUUCCCCUGGAUGCCCUACCUGGCUAUGUCCUGCAUCUUUGCCUUCAUCCUCAGCUUUGGCAUCGGCCCUGCCGGAGUGACAGGGAUCCUGGCCACGGAGCUGUUUGACCAGAAGGCCCGGCCUGCUGCCUACAUGGUCUGCGGGGCGAUCAUGUGGACCAUGCUCUUCCUGGUCGGGCUGGGGUUCCCCUUCCUCAUGGAGGGAUUGUCCCACUUCCUCUAUGUGCCUUUCCUCGGCGUCUGUGUCUGUGGGGCCCUCUACACUGGUUUCUUCCUCCCUGAGACCAAAGGCAAGACCUUCCUGGAGAUCUCUGAGGAAUUGCACAGACUCAAUUUCCCCGGGCAGAGCCAGGGCCCCACGUGGAGGGGCCCAGAGGUCAUCAGGUCCACAGAGCUGUAGUUCCACAGGUGUGGCUGGGGCCCAGAUCCAGCUGCUGCUCUUCUCUUUGCUUCCUCUCCAUUCACUAGCUCCUGCAUUUUUUUGUUUAAUGAGUAAGUACUUAUUAAAUGAGCACCUACUGUAUGUAGACAUGGUGCCAGGUGCUUAGCAAUCGUGGUGAGCCAGACAGAUGGGAUACGGGACCUCUUGGUUCUCCCCAUCUAGAAGCAGUCAACUAACAGGAAACCAAUAAAAACAUAGCUACAAACUUGGGGAAAUGCACUGGAAGAAAAAUAUAGGUUGAAGAGUAUAUAUGGCGGGGCGGGGGGAAGGGGGUUGACCUAGUUUGAGAUGGGCAUGAUCAGAAAAGGAUUUUCUGAGGAACUGAUUUUUUAAAGAUCAACUUUAUUGAGGUAUAAUUUACAUACAGCAAAUAUAUCCAUAUUAAGUAUACAGUUGAUGAGUUUUGACAGAUUUAUCCACCCAUGAAACCACCAAACCACCACAAUCAAGGUAGAACAUUCAUUCAGAUCACCCCAAAAUCUCCCUCAUGCCCCCUGGCAAUCAAUAACCCACUCCACCCCCAGCCCCAAGCAACCCCAACCUGCUUUCUGUCACUUAGGUCAGAUAUGCCUUCUUUAGAAUUUGAUAUAAUUCCAUACUAUAUGUAUGCAUUUGUGUCUGGCUUUGCUCCAGACACAUUUUUUGAGAUUCAUGUAAGAUGGCACAUAUAUUGGUAUAAUUCCUUUGUGUUUCCACAUAGUAUUUCAUUGUAUAGAUGAACCGUAAUAUAGAUAUACCAUAAUUUGCUUAUCUAUUUACCUGUUGGACAUUUGGGCUAUUUCUCAUUCUUAGCCAUCAUGAAUAAAACUGCUGUGAACAUUGCUA